CCCAACCAACACAACCUAACCUAAAAAUUUUCUUCGUCGAUUUAUGAGGAAAAAUGGAUAAAUUGUCGGUGAUAAUGCGUUAAAAACGAAAUAAAAUCGCGAUGUUUCGGUUAAAAUCCCGUUUUUGAGUAAAAAGGUUGUGAAAAUUGGUGUUAAAUCGGUUGUGUUGAGAUGAAGCCGAAAUUAGUCGUAAAUUCAUUCCUUAAAAAAGAGAACAAAAAGGGGGCCCAAAUGAUUCCGCUGUUGUUACUUUGCGUCCUUGGCUCAACAUUUAUAUCUUUAUGGACGUUGUUUCUUCAUGAUAAUGAGGAAAGGGUCUCCGUUAAAACUGGAUUAUUAUUAUCGCUUUAUGGAGGAGUUUUCUUCACGUGUUUGUACUCGCUAAUUAAUAAUGUUGUUCAAAGAACGAACGUUGGGUAUAAAUUCGCUAAAAAAUAUAAGUUAUCACCUUCCGAUGUUUUGGAUACCAGUAAUAAAAUCGUUUCUGCAGUCCAAGCGUUAUUAUCAUGCGCAACGGGAGUAACAAUAGUGUGUUAUUCUUGUCCAAGGAAUUUAUUAAAAACUUCUCAUUUUAUUUCGGAGGGAUAUGCUUGGUUUGGAGCUUCGUACUUUUUGUACGACAUAUGGAGCAUGUAUCAGGUUCAUUGCCACGCUAAUUUGUACUCUGGGGUUGGUCCCCAACAAAACGGAGAUCUAAAACGUCGAAAAAUCGAGGUUAAUAAUCGCUUUACGACUUAUGUGAGAAAUAAUCCGAUUAUUGUGGGUCAUCAUUUAUUUAUUGGGCUGUUUGGAUUUUCCGUUAUCGUGUAUCUUCGAGGUGGAUUAGGAGAUUGCGUCUUUGGUUAUGUUUAUUUAAUGGAAGCCUCAACACCUUUUGUCUCUCUUCGAGGGAUUUUAUCUCGCCUUGGCUUAAAAGAAUCAAAAUUUUACGUCGUAAAUGGUUUGCUAAUGUUGUUGGUGUUCUUCCUGUGUCGCAUCGUAAUGUUCCCUUACGUCAUGUAUUUGUAUUCUUUGGCUUCCGGCUUAGAUUAUUUAUCAGCAAUUGCUUCAUUACCUCGUGGUUGUAAAAUUACCAUGUCCAUAUUGGUUUUGCCCCAAGCGUAUUGGUUCUAUUUGAUGAUUAGAGGAGCUUCGAAAGUAUUGAAUCCAAAAUCGACGGGGACUUCGACGAUAUCGAAUCGGAAGAAGAAAAAUUCUUUAGUGAGUUGUGCGAAUUCUUAGGGAAUUGAUUUUAUUGGAAAAGAAAGCUUGCGAUGGUAGCUAAUUUUUUUUGUAAUUAAUUAUUAAAAGUGAUGUGUGUUUUAAGCGCAACAAAAAAUAACCAAUUAUUAAUUUUGAUGUCAUUUAAAAAAUUCAAUCUUUUUAAAUGUUUAGCUUAAAUUUUUUUUUAAUUUAAAAAGUCAAUGUGAAUCGAUGUGAUUUUUCUCUAUUUUUUUUUAAGAU